AUGAAAGAUCACAAUACCCGGUGUAUUAAAGUUGAAGACAUGGAAGCUCCAGUAUUUAAGGCAUUGCUUCAUUUUAUAUACUGGGACUCACUGCCUGACAUGCAAGAGCUUACCGGUAUGAACACAAAAUGGGCAACAACCUUGAUGGCCCAACAUCUUCUAGCGGCUGCUGAUCGGUAUGCCUUAGAGAGGCUCAGGCUUAUCUGUGAAGCGAGUCUAUGUGAAGAUGUUGCCAUAAAUACCGUGGCAACGACUUUAGCCUUGGCAGAGCAGCACCACUGUUUCCAGCUGAAAGCAGUCUGUCUCAAGUUUAUUGCUACCUCCGAAAAUCUCAGAGCUGUGAUGCAAACUGAUGGAUUUGAGUACUUGAAGGAAAGUUGCCCGCCUGUUCUGACUGAGCUAUUGGAGUACGUGGCUAGAUUUACCGAGCAUUCGGACUUUAUGUGCAAGCAUAGGAAUGAAGCAAUACUUGAUGGCAGUGACAUAAAUGGGAGGCGGGUGAAGCAAAGGCUUUAG